AUGGAGGCGUUUAACCCCGCCGAGCUGCCUGAGCUGCUCAAGCUGUAUUACCGGAGGCUCUUCCCCUUCUCCCAAUACUAUCGCUGGCUCAACUAUGGCGGAGUGGUGAAGAAUUAUUUUCAGCACCGGGAGUUUUCAUUCACUCUGAAAGAUGAUAUAUACAUUCGCUACCAGUCUUUCAACAACCAAAGUGAAAUGGAAAAGGAGAUACAGAAGUUGAAUCCCUACAAAAUUGAUAUCGGAGCAGUAUAUUCGCACAGACCCAUCCAGCACAGUACGGUGAAGCUGGGGGCUUUUCAGGCGCAGGAGAAAGAGCUGGUGUUUGACAUCGACAUGACGGACUAUGACGACGUGAGGAGGUGCUGUAGUUCUGCAGAUAUCUGUUCCAAAUGCUGGACCCUCAUGACGAUGGCCGUCCGCAUCCUAGACAGAGCCCUGAAAGAGGACUUUGGAUUUAGACAUUGCCUCUGGGUAUACUCGGGAAGGAGAGGUGUUCACUGUUGGGUCUGUGAUGAAGCCGUCAGGAAACUGUCGUCAGCCGUUCGCUCUGGGAUAGUAGAAUAUCUGAGUCUUGUGAAGGGAGGAGAAGACAUGAAAAAGAAGGUUCAUCUCGGUACAAAGAUUCACCCUUUUGUCAGAAAAUCAAUAGACAUAGUAGAAAAAUAUUUUGAAGAAUAUGCCCUGGCUGGUCAAGAUAUUCUUGAAAACAAAGAGAACUGGGAUAAGAUUUUAACUCUUAUUCCUGAAUCCCUUCAUGCUGAUCUUCAGCUAGGAUUCCAAAAGUGUCACAAUUCAGUCCAGCGCUGGGAAUAUUUGAAGAAAAUAGUGAGCAAAAAUCGGAAUCCUGUCAGAAAUGAGAAAUUUGGAGCCUUCGUAGAGUAUGAGAUCAUGCUGCAAUACUGUUUUCCUCGCCUGGAUAUUAAUGUUAGCAAAGGAAUCAAUCAUUUACUGAAGAGUCCAUUCAGUGUUCAUCCUAAAACAGGUCGUAUUUCUGUUCCUAUUGAUUUGCAGAAAGUGGAUCAGUUUGACCCUUUUGCUGUUCCUACCAUAAGCCAGAUCUGCCACGAAUUAGAUACGGCGUCCACUAACGAAGAGGAAGGGAACAAGGAGAACGAAGCCGAGGCCGAAGUCAAGCGUCGCACAAGAGAUUAUAAGAAGACCAGUCUAGCUCCCUAUGUGAGAAGUUUUGAACAAUUUUUGGAAGAACUGGAUAAGUCCAGAAAAGGAGAACUUCUGAGGAAGAGUGAUACACAGAGAGAUUUCUGAAGACAACGGCUCCCUCUAUACCCACGUGGAUUCCUCUGACCUCCAACAUCCAACCGUGUAAUAAUAUACUGGACCAUACACAAUGCCAUUUAAGAAAAAAGAAAAUCUGCAAACAAGGCAUAGCAGAAAGAGAAUUUGGGAUAGAGUAGGAAUCUGGCUUUCAAAGAUUCCAGAUCAUUAGCUUUCCAUGUGGGCCCCUUUAAUAAUAUUUUUUGGUAACAAAAAAGUUUAUUGCCCAGCUGCCUUUAAUAAUAAAACAAAGGUUUCCAAAGGUCUUAAUUUCAAUUCACUGGAAACAGCCAGAAGAUUUUCCUGGUAGAGGAAGGGUUUUUCCUUAAGUCUCAGCUAGUUAAAUUUAUUGUCCUCAUGAUUGUUCUGAGUCACGACAGAACUUUAAUGGGUUUCUGUUGACCAGUCCCUGUGCCUAGUCUUCACAAUUAAUUCUUUUUAAC